AUGGACCCCCCAGACACUCUUCGGGCUCUCCAGAAUGACCCAUCUUCUUCAUCUUCUUCUUCUUCCUUCAAAUCCCUAGGAGAUCCGCUUCUGGAUCUCCUUGUACCAACGCUACCGAAACAAACCGCGGCAAGCGUCGUAGCGCACGCGCCGGCCGCGCGCGCGUCGGUCGCACGGCUCCGCGCAAGCUCUCUGGACGCCAUUAUGGCAACCUCGCUGGACGACCAGCUUGCAGCAGAGUCUCAAGUAGUGAAUGGUCAGUUGGCACGUCUGACUCAUGCAGCGUAUCCUCAGCUGUUACAAUCUGCAGGUGUUGUGGACUCACUACUUGCACAGUUUGCGCAGUUUGAAAAAACAGCAGCCGGGUUUUAUGAUGCCCAACUCGCAUACAUUGACCAAGAAAUGCACCACUACCUAGGGCUGUCGACAGCUGUAGAUGGUGAAAAACUGGGAGGAUAUACUGCAAAUAGUGCCGGGUCUACAGAGAAACCAAGGAGGAGAUCAUCAACAGGAAUUGACGACAAUAAUGUAGGGUCUAUUGAACCACCAGCUAAAAAUGCAGAAGAUGCAGUAAUUGUGCUAAAGAAUCUCGAGAAAAUCCAAGACAUUUUGGAGUUGCCUAACCUGGUACUAGCAUGUGUCAACAAUGGCUACUACGCAGAAGCUCUUGAUCUGGCAGCCCACUCUGCCCGGCUUUCAAAACGCUAUAAUCAGGUACACAUUGUCCAGAAUAUCCAGGCUCAAGUGGAUGACGCUCUCAAAACCAUGACGGUGCAACUUCUGCAGCUCCUGCGCGAGUCUGUUAAAUUACCCACUCUUAUCAAGGUGGUAUCAUAUCUUCGCCGGUUGCCACCGUUUGCUCGGGGGGCUGGUGAGUCCAUAUCCCCUGCGGCUGCUGACUCAAUUACACGCCAACUUCAGGAACUAUUUCUGUUUUCACGUCUACAGUAUAUUCGUGGGCUGCUUUCAUCGUUGGACCCCAUCAAGAAACAAUCCCCAGAUGCAUACCUCAAGCGCUACGUCGAAGUGUUCCGUGAAAACGUUUUUGUGACAGUCGUUGGUUUCCGUUCAGUAUUCCCAGACCAUGCCGACCCUCUGACACCAACAACAGCCUCUCAAUUUAGCGGCAGCUUACUUGUGUCAUCAUUCAUCAAGGCCCUGGUGGAAGAGUUUUACACUACGGUAGCCGAGAUUGCGCCCUUUAUUGACGACGAAAACGCCCGUAGUAGUUUGUGGCUCCAGAUCUCGUACUGUUCCAAGAGUCUGGGUCGCGUUGGUGCAGACUUUUGGCCCACGGUGCAGGGCCCCGAGGACCAGAGUGGACCAGACGGAGCGUUGAGUAAGGCCGAAUGGAUUGCUGCGAUUCAAAAGCAGCUGGAUAUUUCCAAACAUUACUCAACCACUGCAGUCAAAUAG